AAAUUGCUUAUGUUGGUUAAUAGUUAUAUAAGGUCAACAUCUUUGGCGGGUAUUAUGGUGAUCAUAACAAUGUAUCGUGCCGUGUCGUGAAGAAAGUUUAAGAAACAUUGUCUGAAUAUUUGUAAUGGGGAUUCAGGGUUUGAUACCAUUUUUGGAGAAAGCAAGUCGCAGAGUCAAUAUUGAACAGUAUGCUGGCUGCUGUGUAGCUAUUGAUGCCUAUUGUUGGUUGCAUAGGGGGGCAUAUACUUGUGUUGAAAAACUUGCAAGGGGAGAACCAUGUGAUGCGUAUGUGCACUACUGUAUGAAGCUUGUAAAUAUGCUGUUGUCUCACAAUAUUAAACCAAUUCUGGUGUUUGAUGGGCAGCAUUUACCAGCAAAGGCCGGAACUGAGAGGAAGCGUCAUGAGUCCCGUCAAAGCAGUCGGAAGCGUGCAGCUGAACUGCUUCGGGCUGGACAGAGAGAUGAAGCCAGAAACUUCUUGAAGCGGUGUAUCGACAUAACACAUAACAUGGCACUGGCAUUGAUUCACGAGUGUCGUCGUCGUAAUGUGGAUUGCAUCGUGGCCCCUUACGAGGCAGAUGCACAACUUGCAUACCUCAAUCUGAAAAACAUUGCUCAGAUUGUCAUAACAGAGGACUCAGAUCUUGUGCUCUUUGGUUGCAGAAAGGUUCUAUUCAAGAUGGAUGUAGCAGGAAAUGGUCUGUUGGUUGAACAUGAGCGCCUUCACCUGGCGAUGGGCAUCCGGCCAGAGAACUUCAGUUCAGACAAGUUUCGUUACAUGUGCAUCCUCUCAGGCUGUGACUACCUACCAUCUUUACCUGGCAUUGGUCUCUUCAAAGCAUGCAAGUUUAUCACGAGGACACUUGAUACCGAUAUUCAUCGGGCAUUGUCUCGGUUGCCAGGACACCUGAAUAUGAAAUCUCUGACGGUAUCUGAUGAAUAUCGCAAUGAGUUUUUGCUGGCAGAUGCUGCAUUUAAGUAUCAGUUGGUGUUUGAUCCACUGUCACGCAGACUGACACGUUUAAAUGAACCCCUUGAACCUGAGAAAGUCACAGAUUAUGCUGGCAAGAUGGUGCCUGAUGAUACUGCUUAUCAGCUUGCACUUGGCAACCUUGACCCAUUUACGUUACAGAAGGUUGGCGAUUUUAACCCAGAUGCUGUAAAACCGACUCAAAAUGUCAAGACGUGCUCAUGGAAUCAGAUUCCAGUGGCACCGCACAUCAGCAUCUGGUCACAAGACUACAAGAUACCAACUAUGGGUUUGAAACAGGACCCACGACAGGUGGACAGACAAUCAACAAAGGGCAAGGUGCUCAGAAAACAAGUUUCAUUAAUUACUCAGUCAAAAAGGCAACAUGAGGAUGUUUCGGAUUUCUGUAGUGAUGCAGAUCUGACUGCCAUUUAUCUGAGUCAGUCUGUACAAGGUCAAUUUAGUAAGAGGAGAAGAUCUGACAGCUGUGAAUUGGAUGAAACUGAAGUUGAGAAAGCGAACAGUCCUGAUAAUACACCCAUGAAGCAGGAUGCUGCUGUGACUGAGACACAUGCCUCAUUAGAGGGUGCAUUGGAGAUGACACCUCUGGAGCAGAGUUCUCCAAACAAGCUGACGUCUCCUGUCCUGAUGACAGGAAAGAACAAGAGAAAUCCUUUCCUCAAGCAGAUACAUCCUGAUAGUCCUAGGAAGGAUCUGACAGGAUUUUCAUCAAGUCUGUAUGCUGUAGAAGGGACCCAAGAACAGAAGUUCGGUGCCAUUGGCAAGUUUGAUAGAUACAGGUGGUCUAAGACUGAUAACACAACUGUAGUUCAGAGCAGGUACUUCAGCAAGCAAAACAACUCUAACAAAAAGGGUGUGACUGAAGCUACAGAUAAAAAAUGUGAACAACCCCUAAAAAUGAUUGCAAAAUUACAAAAUCUGUCAAAUAUGUUAGAUAAGUGUGAAGGUACUGGCUCAUUGGACAUUGAAAGCUACAUAGCUGAUUCUCCGAGUAACGAAAUUCAAGUGAAGUGUGAUGCUGCGAAAGGCCCUGAAAGCUGUAAGACAACAAAUGCAAUAUCUGUGCUUACCAUGCUUGAGGUAACUGGCAGAAAGCAAUCCAAUGAUAAUCUGACAAACGAACGUUCAUUAGUAGAGCAUCACAAAUCACAUUCAAGCCAAAUCAUUAAAUCCUGUUCAGGUAACAGUAUUCAGGCUUUGCCAUCAGGGAAGAAAUCUAUUUCAAAGUCUUUUUCUUGGUCUGAUAACAGAUUUGGUUUCCAGAAGUCUGAAAGUGUCACAUCUCUUAUGAGAUCAGAUGCUGUGAUAAAAGACUUUAAGAACCCUUUCAGGAAGACAGACUCAUGUCACAAAGAAAACUUUUUGGUGACUGAAACUGUAAAGGCUUCCCCCUCCUUGCAGUCACCACUGCCAAUUGAAAAGGAAGAAGACUUAGUAGAUGACCAAAAUUUGGUUGACAGUGGUCUAGAACUGGGUCCUGUUACUUCAUGCCAUCAGCCAGCGACAUCUCUCACUGUCACAGUGGACUCCAUGACUGUUGAUGAAGGUUUUCAUAGCCCAAGCUCACCUGUGCUCAAUCAGUCUCAAUCUCUGGGAUUCAAGAGUAAAGAUGUUGUUCGUUAUCGACCACACCUGAAGAAGAGCAAUGGUAAACAGCAGACUUUGCUCAGCAUGUUUGCCUUCAGGAAGAAGCCAAAGUUGCAGCACAUGUGAGGCUACUACGUGACAUUGUAUGACUGUGCACAUUGUGAUUUCACAGGACAUUGGUCUGUAGUAGUCAUGACAACCUAUGCAUGUGUACAGGAAGACGCGCUCCUUAUGUGUUCUGGCCCAAAAUAUCACAGAAAAGAAAGACUGAGUGAAUAUGUUUCUUUAGGCUCUGUUUUGGCGAGUAUUCAGUUUAUCUCGUUGUGCUGCUUUUGAAAACUAUGCAAAACAACAGGAUGGUAUACUGUACUGACUAUUAAAAUUCCAUACUAUUCGGCUGUUACAGACCUCAACUUAAUAUUUGUCAGUGGAAUGAUGGAUUUGAGUAGUAAAUUGAACACAAUCUUAAAUGGAAGAAGUAUAAAACCCUUGUAACCAUUCAUAUUUAAAGCUGAUUGAAAAAGAAUACAAGACAUAUUUGUUUCCACUGUU